GCCCUCCGCUCUCCCGGCCGCGGUCUCUCCCUGGCCCGCCGCCGCCCCUCGGCGACCAUGGCGCCCCGGGCGUCCCCGCGCGCCCUGAAGGGCCCCGGCCCCGCCGCCCGCGCCCCGCGCCCCGGGGCCCCGCCGCCGCCGCGCUCGCGGCCGCUCCUGCCGCUCCUGCUGCUCCUGCUGCUGGCCGCCUGCGGGGUGGCGGGGCGCUCCCCCGAGCCCGGGCGCCCGGGUCCCCGCGCGCAGCUGGUCCGGGCGCCGCCGAGCCCGCUCACGGCGCGCGCGCUGCUCGGAGGCGGCGGGGACCGGCGGGCGCGCGGCGCGGGGGACGGCGCCCAGGGUCCCGCUCCCGCCCCGGGUCCCCGUGGAGACGGCUUCCCCGCCGCGGGCCAGGGGCGCUGGGCGCGGGCGGCGCCGGUCCCCGGAGCGGCUUCGCGAGCGCAGGUCUCGCUCAUCAGCACGUCGUUCGUGCUCAAGGGGGACGCGACGCACAACCAGGCGAUGGUGCACUGGACGGGCGAGAACAGCAGCGUGAUCUUGAUCCUGACGAAGUAUUACCAUGCAGACAUGGGGAAGGUUCUGGAAAGUUCUCUGUGGCGGUCCUCGGACUUCGGCACGUCCUACACCAAGCUCACCCUCCAGCCUGGCGUCACCACCGUCAUCGACAACUUCUACAUUUGCCCAACCAACAAGAGGAAGAUCAUCCUGGUGGGCUCCUCGCUCAGCGACCGAGACCAGGGCCUGUUCCUCAGCACGGACGAGGGCACCACCUUCCAGAGGCAGCUCGUCCCCUUCGCUGUGGAAACGCUCAUUUUCCACCCCAAGGAGGAGGACAAGGUCCUGGCCUACACCAAGGACAGCAAGCUCUACGUAUCGUCCGACCUGGGGAAGAAGUGGACGCUUCUGCAGGACAGAGUGACCAAAGACCACGUGUUCUGGGCUGUGUCUGGGAUGGACGCCGACCCUGACUUGGUCCACAUGGAAGCCCAGGACCUCGGAGGAGGUUUCCGGUAUGUCACCUGCCAGAUCCACAACUGCUCCGAUAAGGCGCUGACGGCUCCGUUCGCAGGCUCCAUUGCCCAUGGCUCUCUGACCGUGCAGGACGAUUACAUCUUCCUCAAGGCAACCUCAACAAACAGGACCAAAUACUACGUCUCUUACCGUCGCAGUGAGUUCAUCCUGAUGAAGCUGCCGAAGUAUGCUUUGCCAAAGGACCUGCAGGUCAUCAGCACGGAUGAGAGCCAGGUGUUCGUGGCGGUGCAGGAGUGGUACCAGGCAGACACCUACAACCUGUACCAGUCGGACCCGCGCGGCGUCUACUACGCGCUGGUGCUGCAGGACGUGCGCAGCUCGCGGCAGGCCGAGGGGAGCGUGCUCAUCGACCUCCUCGAGGUCCGAGGGGUGAAAGGGGUCUUCUUGGCAAACCAAAAAGUGGAUGGAAAGGUGGUGACGCUCAUAACCUACAACAAGGGCCGCGACUGGGACUAUCUGAGGCCACCCAGCGUGGAUAUGAAUGGAAAACCAACCAACUGUAAGCCUCCGGACUGCCACCUGCACCUCCACCUGCGCUGGGCAGACAACCCCUACGUGUCAGGCACCGUGCACACCAAGGACUCGGCCCCAGGCCUCAUCAUGGGCGCAGGCAACCUGGGCUCCCAGCUGGUGGAAUACAAAGAAGAAAUGUACAUCACCUCAGACUGCGGGCACACCUGGCGGCAGGUGUUCGAGGAGGAACACCACAUCCUCUACUUGGACCACGGUGGUGUGAUCGUGGCCAUCAAGGACACCUCCAUCCCCUUGAAGAUCCUCAAGUUCAGCGUGGACGAGGGCGUCACCUGGAGCACGCACAACUUCACCAGCACCUCCGUGUUCGUGGACGGGCUGCUGAGUGAGCCAGGGGAUGAGACGCUGGUCAUGACUGUCUUCGGCCACAUCAGCUUCCGCUCCGACUGGGAGCUGGUCAAGGUGGAUUUCCGGCCCUCCUUCUCCAGGCCGUGCGGUGAAGAGGACUACGGCUCCUGGGACCUCACCGACCUGCAGGGCGAGCGCUGCCUCAUGGGCCAGCAAAGGAGCUUCCGGAGGAGAAGACCGGCGGCCUGGUGCGUGAAGGGCCGGAGCUUCACGGCGGCGCGCUCGGCCCGGGUGUGCAGGUGCCACGAUGCGGACUUCGUCUGCGACUACGGCUUUGAGCGUGCCCCCUCCUCGGAGUCUGACGCCAAGUGCUUCGCCAGCUUCUGGUUUGACCCCGGGUCCCCGCCUGCCGACUGUGUCCUGGGCCGCACCUACACCAGCAGUGUCGGGUACCGGAAGGUCGUGUCCAAUGUGUGUGAGGGCGGCGUCGACCUGCAGCAGAAGCCGGCGCAGGUGCAGUGUCCCCUCACGCCACCCCGGGGCCUGCAGGUCAGCAUCCGCGGUGAGGCGGUGGCCGUGCGUCCCGGAGAGGACGUCCUGUUCGUGGUGCGGCAGGAGCAGGGGGACGUCCUGGCCACCGAGUACCAGGUGGACCUCGGGGACGGCUUCAAGGCCACGUACGUGAAUCUCACUUUGACUGGGGAGCCCGUCCGGCAUCGCUACGAGAGCCCCGGCGUGUACCGCGUGUCCGUCAGGGCGGAGAACACGGCAGGGCACGACGAGGCAGUGCUCUUUGUCCAGGUCAACUCCCCCUUGCAGGCACUCUUUCUUGAAGUGGCCCCCGUCGUUGGCAUCAACCAGGAGGUGAACCUCACAGCCGUGCUGCUGCCCCUGAACCCCAACCUCACCGUCUUCUACUGGUGGAUUGGCCACAGCUUGCAGCCCCUGCUCACCCUGGAGAACUCUGUGACCACGCGGUUUGCAGACCCAGGGGACAUGCGCGUGACGGUGCAGGCUGCCUGUGGGAAGUCGGUGCUGCAGGACUCCAAGGUGGUCCACGUGCUGGAUCAAUUUCAGCUCGUACCUCUGCAGUUUUCCAAGGACCUGGACGCGCACAACCCCAACACCCCCGAGUGGAGAGAGGAUGUUGGCCUGGUAGUGAGCCGGCUCCUCUCCAAGGAGACCAGCAUCCCCGAGGAGCUGCUGGUGACUGUGGUGAAGCCGGGGCUGCCCACCUUGGCCGACCUGCACAUGCUCCUGCCCCCUCCCAGGCCCACAAGGAAGAGGAGCCCCCCCAGUGACAAGAGACUCACGGCCGUCCGGCAGGUGCUGAACGCACAGAAGAUCGGCUUCCUCCUGCGAGGUGGGGUCCGGGUCCUGGUGGCUGUGAGGGACAUGGAAACAGAGUCUCGGAGGCCGGGAGGCGGCGGCUACUGGGCGGCGGCGGUGCUCUCGGCCAUCGGGCUCUGCGCAGCAGGAGCGUUCAUCCUCUACAAGUUCAAAAGGAAACGCCCGGGCAGGACCGUGUACGCCCAGAUGCACAAUGAGAAGGAGCAGGAAAUGACCAGCCCCGUGAGCCACGGCCAGGGUGGCCAGAGCGCCAUCAGGGGUGAGGCGCUCAUAGAGGGCGAGCUCCACGCGCAGGCUCUAGGGAAUCACUCCGGCGUGGUCCUGAGCAUCAACUCCCGCGAGAUGCACAGCUACCUGGUGAGCUGAUACCGCGGAGGGCCGCACCCCGAGCUCCGUCCCUGUUCCUUCUUCCCCGUGGAGGGCACAGAGCCACAAACGCGCCAGCACUGGUCCUGGGACUAGCGCCCCCUCAGAAUCCUGCGGAAAAGCCACUUCCUCCUGCCGCCCCCAUGCGGGGUGACAGACGCCCCCGGUCCGUCCAGCCCCCUCCCUGGACACACGGUGCCGCCUGCUGUCCCCACUGCGACUCUGGGCACUUCUCCACCUCUGAGCCCUGCGCUGCCGCGCUGGCUGCCUGCACCCCAUCACCCCAGCCUGAGGGCCAAGGCCUGCCCACCUGGGAUUGGGAGGCGGGGAGGUGAGCCCACCUGGGCGGCCGGAGUGCGCAGACCCUCUCAGCCGCCCUGCUCCGUGGGCUCCUGUCUGCAUAGGGGCACUGGAGGCCUGUUUUCUUCCUCAGACCCACCCCCAAAGGCGGCUCCUGCCUGCAUGGCUGUCCCUGUGCAGGGGCAGAAUCCAGAAUCCAGAAAGCCUGUGACGUGGCCCCAGCCCUGUCCCAGGCCCUCCCAGCACCGCACACAUGCCUCCCGCUGUCCCCCCUCUUUUUAAACUGCAGAUAAUGUGAAUACCUCCAGGUAGCUGUUUCCUUUUGGGGGAGUUCUGUUCAAUUCCUAUUUCUAUGGCCAGGUGGGAGCCCUCCGGGUGGCUUUGUCAGAGCCUGUUUUUGAAAAGCCCACGUCCAGAUCGCCCUGGGCUGCCUGCUGCCUGUCCUGGCUCCAUGCCUCCCCGGGCCAGAGGGCCAGAGGUGCUCCCCGGGCCAGGGGCCCAGGGCCUGUGUUUUUGCAGCCAGCCAGCAGGUGGUGCCCUCCCACCGGUGCGCCCAGGGUCCUGCGCUUCCUUCUGGCCUGUGGUCCCCUGCAGAAACCCAGACCGGAGGAGGUUUAGGAUGGCAGAGCCAGAAGGAGGGGCCAUGCAGCAUGUGGCCCUCAUUUUGAAGAUGGAGAAAUGGAGGCCCCAAGAGGGGUACCCUUCCCAAGGUCACACAGCCGGGAGCAACUGUCUGCUCCCGUGCUGGGCGAUUCCUCGCACUCAGAGAUACCCAGGAUCAGGGACGCUGGCCCGUGUGCCCAGGAGCAUCCCCGGGGAGAUUUUUCACCUUUUGCCUUGAAAGUCAGUACCCUUCCCCUUCCCCCCAUCCCCUCCCAAUCCGCCCCCAGGCAGGUGGCCCAGGGCCUUUCCCCGGCAGGUGGGGACCACUGAGCCCCAGGCCAGGAACCCACUGGCUGAUGGUGAGUCCAGAAUGAGGCCUGGGGGCGUGAACCCAUCUCCUCCAGAAAUGAAGCAUAGCUGGGGGCGGAGGUCCAGGGAGGGUCCCCACACCCAGAACAGGCUCCUGACUCGCAGGAGUCCCUCAGUCUUUGGGGCCUGGAGGGGUUUCCCUCCAAUCCUGCACCUUUGUGUCCCAAAUGGGGACUCUGAGCCCACAGGGAAGAUGGGGAACAGUGGGUCACACAGCCAGGUGGCGAAGGUGUGCCUCUCUUCACCACCCUGCUCACCAGAGGGGCUGCAGGGUAUCCCCCCAACACACAGACGGCCCCCUGAAAGUUCUUGACCUUCCGUGAGGAAGGGCUGGGGCUCAGGGACGCGCCGAUGUGCAGCUGGUGAGGUGGGUACGGGAAGAGGCUGGGAGUCCCUGGACCUCUGCUGUAACCCCCCUGCCCCCAGCCUGCCUGCAGGCUCCAGAGACACCUUAAGGAGCCUUGUGACCUCCGUCCUCCCCCACCCAUCCCGUCCCACAAGCGUCAGACACAGGGUCAGACACCUGUCAGCAGUGCCCAGGUCCAAGCCCGAGGUCGGCACGGAUGCCCGGGACGAGCCCCUCCCAGCUCACCAGUGCCUGUGGGUGACCCCACCAGCCUUGCUUGGCCACUCGACUUCAUUCCCCCUGCUCUUUGAGUGGGUUUCAUCCCUCAGUUAUUUGUGUUUUUCUUGUAUUUCAUGCUGUUAUUUCUAUUAAGAGUAUUUUGAGUUUGUGGACCCUGGCACCUGGGACUAAGGUGGCAUCUGGUAUCACCUCAUCCUUUCCAUCCCCAUGACCUUAGGGCUGGGCACGUGGGUCUGGGUCUGUCUGGUCGCACAUCCGAGGCUCCGUACUUCCGAUGUCCAGGUAUACAUAGGCACCUGGGGUAAGACCAGUCUGCUGCGGGCAGCCGGCCAUCUGUGCCACCAGGCCGCGCCCGUUCUCGGUACACGCACAUGACAAAGAUGCCUAAAGUCUUUCUUAUUUUUCCUUUUUAAAAACCAAUAAAUCAUUUGUGAUGCUUUUAACAAAGACCACAUGCUAAUGA